AUGCUCUACCUCGUAGGCCUCGGCCUGUCCGAUGAGACAGAUAUCACGGUCAAGGGUCUGGAGGUGGUGAAGAAGGCCUCACGAGUCUACCUCGAAGCAUACACCAGCAUUCUGCUUGUGGACCAACCGGUUCUGGAAGGCUACUAUGGCCGCCCAGUCAUCCUGGCCGACCGCGAAAUGGUCGAGUCGAAUAGCGAGGAGAUCCUGCGAGACGCCCAGACCGAGGACGUAGCAUUCCUCGUCGUCGGCGACCCCUUUGGAGCGACCACACACACCGACCUCGUCCUGCGUGCGCGAGAGCUGCAGAUCCCCGUGCGGACCGUCCCCAACGCCUCCAUCAUGAGCGGCAUCGGCGCAGCAGGGCUCCAGCUCUACAACUUCGGGCAGACGGUGAGCAUGGUGUUCUUCACGGACAACUGGCGGCCGAGCUCGUUCUACGACCGCGUCAAGGAGAACAGGGAAAUCGGCCUGCACACGCUCGUGCUUCUGGACAUCAAGGUCAAAGAGCAGAGCAUGGAGAACCUGAUGAGGGGACGCAAGAUCUUCGAACCGCCCCGCUACAUGACCGUUGGCCAGUGUGCCGCGCAGAUGCUCGAGGUCGAGGAGGACAGGCAGGAGGGCGCGUACGGGCCUGACAGCCUUGCUAUCGGCGCGGCCAGGGUUGGCGGGAAGGAGGAGAAGUUUGUCGCCGGCACACUCAAGGAGUUGUGCGAUCAGGAUGAGGUGCUUGGGUCUCCCCUGCACAGUCUCGUGCUCCUGGGACGGAGGACACACGAACUGGAGCACGACUACGUCCGUGAAUUCGCCGUGGACAAGGAGACGUGGGACCGAAUUUGGAGGGCCGAGUAUGGCAAGCAGCAAUGA